GCUCAUGACCCUUCUUGCGGGGCAUCACAAACAUAAGAAGUUCGUUUCGAAGGCUACUUUGAUGAUCUCGACCAGACCACAGUUCUCAGCCCCUCAGACAACGAAAGAAAUAAUUCAUUUCACCGUUCUUGAUCAGCAUCAGUCUUUAUUUCUCGUUCCAAUAUCUUUGCCCAGCCCGAGCUUUCCGCCAGAGAGCCUUAUGACCGUUUAAUUUUGUUUAUCUUCAUCACACACGGGUGGUCUUCAAAAUAAAGAUUGAGAUCACUAUCGACACAAAAAUGGCAACAGCAAUCACGAUUUGCUCAGGCGGUCCGGUCAGGAUGAUCGGGCUAGAACGCGGCGGAAGUUGUUGUGCAGCAAGCUUGUUGAAGCUGCAUAUAGCACCGUGCCUCACCGGAACGUCGGCAGCUGCUUCAUCAACUACCAAGUGCAAAAAUGUCUGGGUCUGGAAGAAUGCAACUUGUGAUGCUGCAUUUGGAUUCCAAAAAAAUCUGUAUUGCAUGAGUACCAAAGGGAAUGUAAUUUUUGCUACGCGGAGAGGGCAUUUGUAAUGCGGAAUAGGCAUCAAGAAGCUCUCAAAAAAUCUGUGAUGCUAGGGCAUGCAUCACAGACAUCAGGGCUCAUGCAAAACGAGCAUGACAAGUGUCAGAAUCUUCCAGACCCAGACACUUUUACAGUUGAUAUCAACCUCAACAAAGCAGCAUCGUCCCCGCUGGACCAAUCAUCCGAGGUUCUUUUCCACAGCAACAGGGACUUCUACCGAAAAACAUCAAGCUGCGUCCGCAACAGCGACAUCAGGAGCUGCUGCUGACCACGCCGCUUCAAAAAAUGCCAAAACCGUUGCCAUUGUCGGUUCCGGGCCGGCUGGUUUCUACACAGCGAAAUUUUUGUUGCGGAGAAAUACUCCUGCUGCUGCACCUGGUUCUACGAACAAGGGCAAGGAAGGAAACACUGCAAGUAGUGACCGCAUGAUUAAACCACAAAUCAACAUCCACAUGUUUGACCAGUUCCCCACUCCUUUUGGCCUAGUCCGUUACGGCGUCGCUCCAGAUCACCCGGAGGUGAAGAACGUGAUCAAUGAUUUCGAGGAGGUCGUUGAGAAAAAUAAGCAGCAUUUCAAGUAUUUCGGAAACGUGUGGGUCGGAGAUAUGUUGAGAACUUCUCAUGCGAAAACCAAAACAGCAAUAAAUCGAGAAGAUUUCUCAUGCGAGAGAACUGGGAACACAAAAGACAACGGCGCUCCUGAUGACUUCAACGUGAUCCAAAAUACUUUAGUUUCGAUCUUCGAUCGGGUGUACACGACUUUUUUCCCCUCUUCCACCGAUCAUGCGGCGAAAUCCUCUACCUCCUCUGAGAGUUCAACAAUUACAGGCACCUCAGCAACUCCUUCCAGCGCUGCGAAUAAGAUAAACCCGCAUGACAACAAAGACAAACUCGUCCUCCCCUUGUCUCAACUGAGAGAAAACUACGACGCCGUGGUAUUAGCGACGGGCGCGCAGUUUGGAAAGACCAGCAUACCGGGUAGUGUCGACGCCUACAGUUUUGUGCAGGAGUACAACGGAUUUCCUGUGGAAAGUGAGUCCACCUCGGAAAAAUCGCCAGUACCUCCAACUGCAUCUUCUUCUUCUUCACAAAAAAUCGGCAGUAAAAUCGUGAUCAACGGACUGGGCAACGUCGCCCUAGACGUCGCGCGAAUGUUGCUAUCCCCCAAAGCACCACAAGUAAUUCACUCCGAUAUCAUUGAGGAAACCCGGGACGCGAUUGAGAAGUCGAAUGUUGCGCACGUUAUCAUCACGGGAAGAAGAGGUGCGGUGCAGAACCAAUUCGGCACGAAGGAAUUACGGGAGUUAUUACACGCGGAUCCUUCGCUUUUCACGACGGUGAUUGAUCCUGUUGACUUCCAAAAUUCAAUGGAUGAGACUUCGAAGCAAGAGUUGGGAAAAUCCAAGAUGAAACAGCGGCAGAUGAAAAUUUUGGAGGAAAUGGUGAAAAACUGGGAAAGCUUGUCGGUAAAGGACUCGGAACCGGUCGGAACGAGGGAAAAGCCGAUUUUGCAGUUGAAGUUUUUAACGCAGCCGGUGGAUUUUGAUAUAUGGAUUGCAAAUAUGUCUGAGUCUGGAAGCUGGCAACUUGUCAUGGUAAAUCUGAAGCAUGCGAAAAUCUGUGUUGCAUGAGUGCCAAAAGCUUUUCACUUUUGACCAAGUUGGGAGGGAGUUUCUCAUGCAGGAUAGGCAUGGCAGAGACCUCACAGAGUCUGUCAUGCUAGGUCCCGCAUUCCAGACCUCAUGGGUCAUGGAAAAUCUGCAUGACGAGUUUACAUUCUUCCAGACCCAGACACUUUUACAUUUGAUAUGAUAAGAGCAAAAACGAAUUGAAAUACUUGAAAACGAAGUUGGUGGUAAAAGAGAUGGAAACAACAUCUGAUCCAGCUGUUGUGAAGGCGGUUCCUGCAAGUGACGAAUUGGUGUUGAAAGGCGUGGAUAGGGUGUUCGAGUCGGUCGGGUUCGGAUUUGAACCCUUCGACAAGGAGUUGGUGCCGUACCAUGUCAACACUGCAGCUACCGUUUCUGAGGAGAAAAGUAGUGUUGAGCAGGAUACAACACGAGUAGGGGCUGAUGUUGCAGCCGUCGCAGAAGUCCCACCACGCCCAUUAGAUCUCGGCCCGUUAAAGAACAACAAGGGUCAUGUUUUUGACAACGUUUUCUGCGCCGGGUGGUUGAAACGGGGACCGAGAGGCACGAUCGCGUCCAACGUACCUGAUGCGGCGGAAACAAGUGGGCAUGUGCUGGCGUAUUUAGAUAGAAAUGAAACAACUGCAACAUCUUCCCGCAUGACAAAAACAGGUCCAGUUCAUCCUGCAGAAGCAUCACAAGUUGGUACCAGCAUGGUAGAUGGACCGGUAACUGACUUCGACGAUUGGCUGAGGUUGAAGGCAGUGGAAGAGGAAGAGGGGAAAAAAGUGGAGAAACUAGCCGUGAAAAUCACUUCCAUUGCAGAAAUGAUGGAAAAAAUCAGGAUGAAAGCUUGAGUCGAUCUCGAUCCUUGCUAGACGUGCUCAAAAAGAAAAUUGAAUUGCUUGUGUAGUUGUGUACACAGAAAAAUACCUGUUCUUGACGAUGAGAAAAAUCCUGUUGCUCUGACGUCUGGAUGAAAGAAUGAACGCACGAUCUUUUUCAGUGUUCCGCGGCACCAAAUUUGUCUGAAAGA